AUGGCCUUACUUCUUCUCCAAUCCCACUUCUCCACCACCGCAGCUAAACCCCAAACCCCAAACACUCACACCGUCACUAGACUCCGCUUCAAGUCCAAACCACCGCAGCCGCCGCCGCCAAACCCCGAUUUGCUGCCGCGCCCGACCCAAGUCCCCUUCCAGCCAAAGGUCGCCAAUGCGGUGCGCACUCCUCUUCACGUCGUCCGUACCCCUGAUGGCAAAGUCUUGGUAGCCACCGUUCUCACCUCCUCUUCUCCCUCUCCGGCUAAUUCUCUCCGGAUUCCCAUCGUCUUUGAGGGCGACUUGGCUAAUACUGCUGAUUUGCAUUUGAAAGACAGUGACUUUGUGUUUGUUGCUGGGAGUUUGAGGUCGGAUUUGGACCAUUUGAAUGCUGGGGAGGACCAGGGUCGUCUCCAGGUUUUGGUGCAUACCCUCUACUUUGUUGAAGAAUCUUCACAACUAAAUAAAAGCUCUAAAGCUGACAGACAAGAAGAAAGGACUACCGAUCACACCGUUGUCAAGGAUGAUAUGGAUCAGUCAUGGAAGAAAGACACCUUCUCGCAUGGAAAGAUUUGAAAGAGGAUCCAAAAGAUGCAGCAUUUGAACGGAAGAACAAUGGAGAAUCACAUUGGAUUAAUGACAAAACUCCUGAAUUGAUCCUAAAUAAGUCAGGUUCAUUGGCAUUUGGUAAAAAACCUAUACCAGAGAGUCAGAAACCAAUACCAGAGAGUCGUGAAAGAGGUACUGAAUUGUUUUGCAGCCAGCUUGAGGAAUGAUGGGGACUGUACGUUAGGUUCUUGGAGUGAUCUUCUUAGUAAUCCAAAACAGUGGUGGGACUGCCGCAGUAAGAAGCUCAAUGGAUUGGUAAAGCCAAACUCCCCUGAUUUCAAGCAUAAGGAAGGCGGUCGUGCACUAUGGCUUGUUUUGUCAGAACUUGAAGGCGUGGACACUGGUAAACGAGAUUAAAGGUGAGCCUGCACAAAUUUAUCCCAUAUGUAUUCUGUCAUCAUUUUAUGCAACCAUUGAAGGGUUAUGGAUUUUUCUUAGUUUAGUUUUGACAGUCAAGAGCAUAGAGCACUCGAACCAACGGCACAAUGCACCAAAAACUGAAAAGAAAAAUGUCUUUCAUAUUGUUUCCGCCUAUGAUCAGUCAUUGAAGUCGAAAUAUGAUUCUAGGUGACCUCUGGCAUCUGAGUAAACUAUCGAAAUAUCGAAGAUUAAUGAAUGUGAAACUGUACUUAAGUUGUAUGUUAAGAUUCUACACGUAUUUUGAAACUUGUUUUUCAUUU